GCCAACAAUGGCCGAACCGACGGCCGUCGUCAUCGCUCCCCAGCAAAGCAAGCCCGGUCCUUCCCUCGAAUUCUUAAUUCCGAAAGCGCCCAAAAACCGCCGGUCAACGCCAACGACCGACGACGAAGCAGAAGAAGAAGCAGCAGAAGAAGAAGCAGCAGAGGAAAAGUCAAACUCGCGUUCGACCAUUCAAAGUCCCCCGGAACCGCAGCCUCGUCAUUGGAGAGUUUUUUUUCGGGUCUCUGUUUUCCAACUUCCUCCGGGCCGAUCCGAGCUCCGUCCUCGCCGUUCCCUGCGAUCCAGAUGAAGCCGCGGUUAUGGGCGAUCGGCUUGCUGGCGACGGUGCUGAUCUCGGCCUGCAGCAGAGUCCAAUCGAAGUGCAGCGGCGGCUGCGACUUGGCCCUGGCCUCGUACUACGUCUGGCAGGGCACCAACCUGACGUUCACAUCCCAGGUCCUGUCGGCGCCGAUCACGGACAUCGUCAGCUACAACAAGGACAGCAUCUCGAACCAGGACAGCGUCCUGUGGGGGAUCAGGAUCAACGUCCCCUUCAGCUGCGGCUGCAUCAACGACUCGUUCCUCGGGCACGAGUUCAGUUACACGGUGAUCCAGGGCGACACCUACGAUAAGGUCGCGACGCAGUACUACUCGAACUUGACGACCGUGGCAUGGUUGCAGGCGUUCAACACUUAUCCCGCGACCAAUAUACCGCUCAACUCCGUUUUGAAAGUGGUUGUUAAUUGUUCGUGCGGGAACAGCACUGUUUCCAAGGAUUAUGGAUUGUUCAUCACGUAUCCGCUGAGGCCGGAGGACACGCUCGAAUCAGUCGCGGCGGGGGUGAAUUUGCCGACUACUUUGCUGCAGAGCUAUAAUCCUGGUGUGAAUUUUAGCCAAGGGAGUGGUCUGGUGUAUAUUCCAGGGAAAGAUGCAAAUGGAAACUAUCCACCUCUGAACCCAAGCACAGCAGGACUAUCAGUUGGAGCAAUUGUCGGCAUAUCUAUCGCAGCAAUAGCAGUUUUGUCGUUUUUAGCAUUUUGUAUAUAUGCUGGAAUAUACCGAAAGAAGAAAGCGAAGGAGGCAAUCUUGCUCUCAGGAGCUCAUGAAUUAUCAGAUCGAGCAGGGAAUGGAAGUGACCCAGCAAAACCUUCUGAAUCAACUGGCCCAGCAGCAGGUUUUACAGGAAUCACUGUGGACAAGUCAUUGGUGUUUUCAUAUGAAGAAUUGGCUGAGGCUACGGAAAAUUUUAGCCUGGCUAAUAAAAUUGGGGCAGGUGGCUUUGGAGCUGUCUAUUAUGCUGAAUUGAGAGGCGAGAAGGCUGCAAUUAAGAAGAUGGAUAUGCAAGCUUCAAAAGAAUUUAUUGCUGAAUUGCAGGUUCUAACGCGAGUUCAUCACCUUAACCUGGUGCGUUUGAUUGGAUACUGUGUUGAGGGUUCUCUUUGCGUUGUCUACGAGUACAUCGAGAAUGGAAACUUAAGCGAACAUUUGCGUCGCUCGGAUAAGGAGCCGCUUCCAUGGUCUACCAGGGUUCAGAUUGCCCUGGAUUCUGCAAGAGGUCUUGAAUAUAUCCAUGAGCAUACAGUACCAGCAUAUAUCCAUCGAGACAUUAAAUCGGCAAAUAUAUUGAUAGACAAGGACUUCCAUGGAAAGGUGGCAGAUUUUGGUUUGACAAAGUUGACUGAGGUCGGAAGCACAUCUAUCCCCACACGACUUGUAGGGACAUUUGGAUACAUGCCGCCUGAAUAUGCCCAGUAUGGCGAUGUCUCUCCUAAAGUUGAUGUGUACGCUUUCGGUGUGGUCCUUUAUGAACUUAUUUCUGCCAAGGAGGCUAUAGUCAAGGCAAAUGGUUCUGUUGCUGACUCAAGGGGCCUCGUUGCUUUGUUUGAAGAGGUUCUUGACCAACCCGAUCCCAGAGCGGACCUUCGCAAGCUUGUUGACCCUAAGCUUGGAGAUAAUUAUCCGCUUGAUUCCGUCUGGAAGAUUGCCCAGCUUGCGAGAGGUUGCACAAAAGAGAAUCCUCAACUGCGCCCCAGCAUGAGAGCUAUUGUGGUGGCCCUGAUGACGCUUUCAUCUUCCACGGAGGAUUGGGAUGUUGGCUCCUUCUACGAGAACCACGCUCUGGUGAAUCUAAUGUCUGGAAGGUAGAAAUCCCCCUUUUCUGCCAGUCAUGCAAUCGCAUUUUUCAAGCUUUCCUUCCUAUGUUGUAUGUGUAUAUUCGUGUAGUUGGUCAUGAACAACUAAUAAAUUACUGAGUAUCUUCUGUACCCUAGAAAGAAAAUUCUUGCGGAGCUAUUUUGACGCGCAUUAGUUUUCUGUACAUUCUAUAGUGUACAUACAUACUGAGACCCUGUCAUGCUACAACAAACAGCAUGAUCGGAUGAUCUAAAAGAAAACCUUUGAAGUAGCA